UCCGGGCACUUAGGGCAGGAUGAACGCUGCUUUCCAAGAUGGCGACGGAGGGAGGAGGGAAGGAGAUGAACGAGAUUAAGACCCAAUUCACCACUCGGGAAGGUCUGUACAAGCUGCUGCCGCACUCGGAGUACAGCCGGCCCAACCGGGUGCCCUUCAACUCGCAGGGAUCCAACCCCGUCCGCGUCUCCUUCGUAAACCUCAACGACCAGUCUGGCAACGGCGACCGCCUCUGCUUCAAUGUGGGCCGGGAGCUCUACUUCUAUAUCUACAAGGGGGUCCGCAAGGCUGCUGACUUGAGUAAACCAAUAGAUAAAAGGAUAUACAAAGGAACACAGCCUACUUGUCAUGACUUCAACCACCUAACAGCCACAGCAGAAAGUGUCUCUCUCCUAGUGGGCUUUUCCGCAGGCCAAGUCCAGCUUAUAGAUCCAAUCAAAAAAGAAACUAGCAAACUAUUUAAUGAGGAAAGACUAAUAGACAAGUCACGCGUAACCUGUGUCAGAUGGGUUCCUGGUUCGGAAAGCCUUUUCCUAGUGGCCCAUGCGAGUGGGAGCAUGUACUUGUAUAACGUGGAGCACACUUGUGGCACCACAGCCCCCCACUACCAGCUUCUGAAGCAGGGCGAGAGCUUUGCCGUACACACUUGCAAGAGCAAAUCCACGAGGAACCCUCUCCUUAAGUGGACAGUGGGCGAGGGGGCCCUCAACGAGUUUGCUUUCUCCCCAGAUGGCAAGUUCCUGGCCUGCGUGAGCCAGGACGGCUUUUUGCGGGUGUUCGACUUUGACUCGGUGGAGCUGCACGGCACAAUGAAGAGCUACUUCGGAGGCUUGCUGUGCGCGUGCUGGAGCCCGGACGGCAGGUACAUUGUGACGGGCGGCGAGGACGACCUGGUGACCGUCUGGGCUUUCGGGGACUGCCGAGUGAUCGCUCGAGGCCACGGGCACAGGUCCUGGGUCAGCGUCGUGGCGUUUGACCCCUACACCACUAGCGUGGAGGAGAGCGACCCCAUGGAGUUCAGUGGCAGUGACGAGGACUUCCAGGACCUCCUCCAUUUUGGCCGAGACCGGGCCAACAGUACCCAGUCCCGGCUGUCCAAACGGAACUCUGCCGAGAGCCGCCCCGUCAGUGUGACGUACCGGUUCGGCUCGGUGGGCCAGGACACGCAGCUCUGCCUCUGGGACCUCACGGAAGACAUCCUUUUCCCUCACCAGCCCCUCUCGAGAGCAAGGACACACACCAAUGUCAUGAACGCCACGAGCCCUCCUGCCGGCAGCACAGGGAACAGUGUCGCGGCGCCCGGCAACUCCGCGCCCCCGCCCCUGCCCCGCUCCAACAGCCUCCCCCAUUCCACCGUCUCCAGCGCCGGCAGCAAGAGCAGCGUGGCCGACGGCGCCCUCGCUGCUGGGGUCAGCAAAUUCGCGACGCUCUCCCUGCACGACCGGAAGGACAGGCACCAUGAGAAAGACCACAAGCGAAACCACAGCAUGGGACACAUUUCUAGCAAGAGCAGCGACAAACUGAACCUGGUUACUAAAGCCAAAACGGACCCAGCUAAAACCCUGGGGACGCCCCUGUGUCCUCGGAUGGAAGACGUUCCCUUGUUAGAGCCACUCAUCUGUAAAAAGAUAGCACAUGAGAGACUGACUGUGUUAAUUUUUCUUGAAGACUGUAUAGUCACUGCUUGUCAGGAGGGAUUUAUUUGCACAUGGGGAAGGCCUGGUAAAGUGCUCGAGACUCGCACACUGGCCGUGUGUCCGCGGACGUGAAAUAAACACGAGCGAAUGAGCUGUGCGUGUAGACAGUUUGCGGCAGUCACUUUCCCAGCUGGGCUUCACAAACGUCUCAGCCAAAAAAGAAAACUUCUGAACGCUGUAAAUUACGUCCUCUUCAGCCACCCAGCCAGCCGCUGGGGGCGCGGGGAAGCCGGCAGGCCUCCGUGGGCGCUCUCUUCCUGCGGGGGGUUCCUUGCCUUCCUCCUGGCCCUGCGCGGCGUGCUGGGCCGUGCUGGGAGCUUGGUUGCCGCCUGGAGGCCCCCGCGGGCCUGCCCACUGCGGAAGGGGCGGUGGGGGAGGGCCCGCCGAGGGUGGGAGGAGCUGGCCGCCAUCCCGUCCUGCCCUUGAGCGUCCUCUCACUCUCUGCAGCACCCUGACGUCUGCGACCCCGAGUACCUCCGGGCCAGGACCACAGCCUAGACCUGCAAGGUCCCCGGACGCCGAGAGGCAGGACCGAGCCCUGGUCAGGCCUGCGUGCUCCUACGUGACGGGAGACCUGCGGGCCUGCAGCGAGGGGCUGGCGGGGCCCCAGGAAGCUCCUCCAGGGGCUGGACCCCAGCACCUUCCUGACCGGGCCAGCCUCCCAAGCCUCCGGGACGAAGUGUGUGCGCUUGGCCUCUGACGCUGUGCUGCCGAAGCAGAAGAGAGCGGCUCUGGCUCCGGCCUCACAGGGGCCUCCCCGCAUCUGCCGCCGCAGGAACAGGGGUGUUUUCCUGAGCAUGGAGUAGAUUGUGAGCCCGCAACACUACUAGGUGGACAGCAAGUUUAAAAAGACACAACAUUGUAAUCUUUUAAAAAUAGUUUGUGCCUUGCAAAUAUACUCUAGGUCCGUCUCCAUGUGUGGCUGCCUUUGAAAGAAACACUUGCGUGUGGGCCAGCGGGCCCUGAAAGGGACGGAGCCUCUGGAGGCGCUCAGUCCCGUCCCCUCCUCCAGUGUUGGUGGCCUCCAAACCAGCCUCUCGCGUUGGGUGGGGACCUUCUGGAAGCGACUCCAGCCAGAGAGGCUUUAGGGAGACACGAGAGGGUCCCCCGGGGGUGAGAGGCUGUGCUUUGCCUCCAGGCACCGUUCUCAGAGCUGCCCCUCCGUGCCGGCACCGAGAAAGCCUUUUCCGCGGAUGCCCAACGAGAGCAUCGUUUUCUCCGGGGGACUUCUCUCGCUAGAGGCCAGGCUGAGGGGCCUCUCUGGGGAAGUGUGUCACCUUCGGUGUAACCUGUCAGGCAGGUGGAGGCUGCCACAGGGACACGGUCCACUGUCCUGCAGGAGCCAAGGCCCCAGACCCAAAGUGAGCAGUGGGUCUGGGGCAGGUGGGGAGCCGAGGCCCUGCUCCGCCCAUCUCCCACGCCUGGCUCGGGUGCUCUGGGCCCCCAGACCCCCCAGGCACUCUGUGUUGCUGCAGGCAGCGGUCUGGGUCACGCGAGCCACGG